AUGAGCGAGGCCGACGUUACCACCAAGCCCGCCGAGGCUGUCGAGCAGCCUGCUGCUGCUGCCACUGAGGCAGUCCCCGAGACCGCUCCCGAGGCCGCUCCCGAGGCUGCUUCCGAGGCUGCUCCCGAGGCCGCUCCCGAGACAGCUCCCGAGACCGCCAAAGAGGCUGCUCCUGACGCCGCUGAGACGACUGCCUCUGCCACCAACGGCCAAAGCGAAAAGAACAUUCUCAAGACCACGGCCAAGGUUGACAAGGAAAACCGUCAGAAGAACAACAAGUUCGACCCCAGCCAGCGAGAGAUCUCGGACGACCCCGCCGCCAUUCGCAAGCAGGUCGAGUUCUACUUUGGCGACUGGAAUUUCCCCCAGGACAAGUUCAUGUGGGAGAGCUGCGGCGGCGGCGAGAACAAGCCCAUCGCCGUCGAGAAGAUCCACUCGUUCAAGCGCAUGCGCUCCUUCCAGCCCUACAGCGCCAUCGUCGCCGCCCUGCGCGACAGCAAGUUCCUCGACGUCGAGGGCGAGGAGGGCAAGGAGACGCUCAAGCGCAAGGUGCCCUACCAACCCAUGGCCAACUCGCGCGCGCGCACCGAGGCGUCCACCGUCUACGUCAAGGGCUUCGGCGACGAGACAACCAACACGCAGUUCGACGUCGAGACCUUCUUCGCCGAGUUUGGCGAGGUCAAGGGCCUGAAGCUGCGCCGCACGCCCGAGGGCCUCUUCAAGGGCUCCGUCUUCGUCACCUUUGCAAGCGAGGACGCCGCCAAGGCGUUCGUCGGCAAGGAGCCCGCGCCGCAGUGGAAGGGGCACGACCUCAAGAUCAUGACCAAGCAGGCGUACUGCGAGGAGAAGAGCGACCUCAUCCGUGCCGGCAAGCUGGAGCCCAGCACCACGACGAGCAAGAAGUUCUUCGAGGGCCAGGAGGGUGGUGCCGGUGGUCGCCGCGGCCCGCGCGACCAGGACGACUGGAAGAAGCGCCGCGAGCACGAUCAGAAGAACGGGUUCCGCGGCGGUCGUGGUGGACGCGGUGGCCGUGGUGGCCGCGGCGGCCGUGGUGGUCGUGGCCGUGGCGGUGGUUUCCGCGGUGGUCGUCGCGACAACGAGGAUCGCGGCAGCAAGCGCUCGCGUGAGGAGGAGAAUGGUGCUGGCGAGGAGCGCUCUGCCAAGAAGGUCGAUACCAAGGUGGAGGCGUGA